AUGACGCUGGUGUCACUCAAGGCUGCUGUUGGGUUUGUGGGCGUCAGCUGCUGUUUUGGGCAUGUCGGAACGGUGGGACCAAACUGUGAGCUGGAGCGAAAGCGAGCGGUUUUGGCUUCGUUGCACACGGUGCUCAACACAUUCCUUUCGCAUUGGAUCUGCCGGUUGAACUCUGGGGUAUACUGCAAAACAGGACGAGACGGCAGACCAUAUGCGGAAGGGCGACCAUAUUUUGCUGGAUCUGACGGUGAGUGGGCGGUAUCCGGCCAUUCCGGGGAAAGUUUGGAGCAAACCAAUUUCUUGUUCGAGGUGUCCAUUUCAAUUUCGCCACGGCAAAUCUGCGAGGUUGGCUUCAAUGCUGGUCAUUCCGCAUUGACUCUGCUCGUUGGAGCUGGUAGCAAUUCCUCUUAUCUCGGUUUUGAUUGGUCCAUCUUGAACCCUGGUUUGAACGAGGAGCUUUUCAGGAUGAUCCGUGAUUGGCUACCUUCAAACAACAUGACUAUUGUUUGGGGAGAUGCAGACCCCAGCAUUCGAGCAUUCCUGCUCCAAGGAGGCGGAGGGAUCUGUGAGUUAAUUGUUUUUGACGGCCCACAUGAUGUUCUCCAAGUUCUCAAAUUCAUGCCUUUAUUGAGGGUCAUGGCUAAGCGGUCUCGGCCGUUUCUUUUUCUGGACGAUGUGGGUUGCGUGGCAGCCAUGUGCCAUCAUUCCACACUGGCAUGGCGAUUCCUAGUUUGGCUUGGGAUGGUCAGUCCAAUCAGCUGUCGAGUUGCUGUGGGGCAUGCUGCUGGAGAAAUGGGUGCUUGCCUGGGGCGUUUUCAGUGGGGGCAGGUGGUGAGAUGCCAUACCUUCGACGCGCGGUGUGUGGCGCGCACACUCGGCAUGGUGGAGCCACUGCAGCGGGAGCAUUGGACUAGGUGCUGCCUGGAACCGUCCGCCCAGGUAAACCCAGAUGCUUACUUGGUUCACAUUCAGAUCUGA